GGGUAUAAAGAAUUGGAUUGGUUCAAACUGUGGACAGACAACCAGAGACAACAGCUCCUGAGCAUAUUGUGAUUACUACAACAGUUGUCCUUCAAAUCUAGAUACAGUCAUAUUCAAUACAUUGAUGCAAGUGCUCAGAGAAAUAAGAAGACUUGGGACAGAAGUUGACGCAUUAGAAGAUAGAGUAACAUCUUAUGUUCAUUCUAAUCUGGAUAUAAACAAGACCAGCAAGAGGAUAAACCCCUAGGGAUACGCAGUGAAGACCCGAAGAGUAUAAAGAAGAACACAGAAAAGUAUUCACUAAGGGUAGAACAACGCAAGAACUGGAACCAUGACUCAGAAGAAGGUUGCUCCAACUGUCAAGACUGUGGAUGGAAAUAUGCCGCCAAGCUAUGAGGAGGCAAACGCAGGUUGCCCAGGUUACUACUACAAGGAUGGAGAACAGGUGGUGUUCUCCUGGGAUGACAAGAACGUCCGGCGUAUAUUUAUCCGUAAGGUGUAUGCCAUCCUGAUGUUCCAGCUGUUUGCCACUGUUGGCAUAGUGGCCCUUUUCACAUUCUGUAUGCCUGUGAAAAUCUUCAUUCAGACUCAUCCAGGCCUUUAUUCCCUCUCCAACCUGUUGUUCUUGAUCUCCUACAUUACGCUGGCCUGUUGUGGUGAUGUCAGGCGUCUGUUUCCCUGGAACUUCAUUCUGCUCAGCAUCUUUACUCUCAGCAUGGCUUGCAUGCUUGGCUUUAUUUCCAGCUUCUACAACACUACGUCUGUGGUGCUAUGUCUGGGAAUCACUGCUAUGGUGUGUCUAUCCGUCACUGUCUUCAGCUUCCAGACCAAGGUGGACUUCACCUCCUGCCACGGUCUUCUCUUAGUGCUCUGCAUGGUGCUGUUCUUCUGCGGCAUCGUCAUGGCCUUCGUGGUCCCCUUCGGCUACGUGCCUUGGUUGCAUGCCAUCUAUGGAGUCAUUGGUGCCAUUGCCUUCACUAUGUUCCUGGCUUUUGACACUCAACUGCUGAUCGGCAACAAGAAGUACAGCAUGAGCCCAGAGGAGUACGUGUUCGCCACCCUCAGCCUCUACCUGGACAUCGUCUACCUGUUCAGCUUCCUGCUACAGUUGUUCGGAGGACAUAGUGAGUGAAGAGCGCCCCGCCCACUUCUCCAUCUCCUGUCCAACUUCCUGCCUCCACCCGACGAUAGCCAUCAGUAUUUUUCCGUAGCUCGUUUCACUUCCUGCCGGUAUUGCUGAGGCUUUCCUUCCUGUUUACUUGAACCAGAAUGUACCAACCCAAAUGUUUUUGGAAGUUUGGAUUAUUUUUCUAUUUUCCAAAUGGGUGGGAAAGGCUCAGGAGUACAUGCACUUUCUUGCUAGACUACGCUAGUGUGUACAAGUUUGAGGUAGCUGUCAUAUCAAAAUGUUUGUAUUGCGUUUCAGCUCUUGUUUACGAGCAGAUGAGAUCAGAUAGACUCGUUGUAGCUGCUAUAUGUAAGCUGGUAUGGCAAUCAAUUCUAUAUUGUAAAUUGCAUCAAAUGUAUUCCUGUCCAGACCAGGAGAUCUGUAGGCCAUUGUAUGUCAAUGAGGGUGUGUUGAUAGGAACUGCUAUUUGCAGGAAUAAUCAAAUCAAUGUUUAUCCUGAGACAUACAUCUUGUCUUUGUCCAAUGUUAAAUCAAUUUUUUUAUAUCCAAAAUAUUCUGGUAAUGUUAUAGUUGUAGGCAUGUAUCCUGUUGCCAAACUCAGGGAACUCAUUUUUCCAUUUUUUGAAGAACUAUAACAAGGGGCCUUGUGAAAUGUUUUAUAUUGAUUCAGUGUCAACAUGCCUGUGCAAUCAAAGUCAGUAAGAAGUAAACAGAUUAAGACUCAGUUGACUGACAAGUAGACGUCCCUCUGGUAAUAUUAGCUACUUCGAAGUUCAUUUCAAGUCAUGUUUGAGGUGAUUCCAUUUCAUCCAGCAUGAAAUAAAGCUCGAGUCCCCAUGGAAAA